AUGUAUCAAUCACCGGUAUCAACACAUGGAUUUAAUCACCAAUCAUUCUAUCGUCAACCAGUAUCAAAUCUAAGGCAGAUUAAUGAAAUCGUCUGGAAUCGCACUAACGAAGUACAACAAUCACAUACAAUUCCUCAACGUGCUAAUAUGGAUAAACAUAUAUACUCAUCGUUGGAAGAAGCAAUGAAACAUCAAAGUGAAUUGAGAAAAGAACCAAAAUUUAAAAAUGAUAAUCUUUCUCGAGAAUCAAAUAGGACUGCGACAGUUAUGUCUAAUCAAGUUCCAAAUCGAACAUUAGCUCGACAAGCAAGUUUAGGCGCAUUGCCUACUAUUGAAGAUAUAUUACCGCAGCCUGCAGCACCUCUAACGAAUUCACGUUCAAUUGGUACGAUACAUGAUUAUAUUCAAAGAGAACGAAAAGCUCAUACAGUGGCUCCUCUAACUAAAAUAUCAGGACCGAAUUAUGCACAAAAAACAAGUAUGUUCGCUAGUACUCUCGCUCCAAGUGACGCUCAAACUAUGAAGGCAAGUGGAUUGCCACAAUCACUGUCUGGUGCAGUUUUAAAUUCGUAUAGUCAACAAGCUGCUGUAGAGUUGGCUGACGUUGAUGAUACUAAUGUUGAAGAAGAUGAUGAUGACGACGCACCAAUCAUUGUCAAAGUGCGCUAUGAUCCAGAAGCUGGUGGUCCACCAUCGGAAGAUGCUAUUCGACAAGCUGUUGAUAAUCAAUUGCAACGAGACUCAGGACAGCGAAUGGCUAAUGAUCCAAUUAUUCUUAACUUUUUAAACGAGACUAUAAAUCCUCAGAUACUGCAGGCAGCAUUGAGAGUACCACCGCCAACGCAGGUGCAACCACAACAAGCAUUUAAUCUUCAAUCAACACUAUCUGGAACAACUCUCAAUCGGCCAAAUAUUCGCUUUCCAACACCGUUACAGCAACAACAAAGUCUACAAUCGAUACAGCGACAACACCUUCAGCAACAACAGCUGGUGCAGCAGUAUCAACAACUCGUGCAACAGCACCAACAACAACAUCAGCAGCAACAGCAACAGCAACUGCAACAGCAACAGCAACUGCAACAGCAACAGCAACAACAGCAACAGCAGCAACAACAACAACAACAACAACAACAGCCGCAGCAACCACAGCAGCCGCAGCAACCACAGCAUCAACAACAGUAUCAACAGCAGCAACAGCAUCCACAACAGCAACAGCAGUCGCAGCAACAUCAGCAGGCACAGAGACAACAGCAGAUACAGCAACAGCUGCAACAAUUGCAACAGCUACAGCUAUUGCAACAAAAACAGCAGCACUUAUUUCAAAGUCAACAGCAGCAACAAAAGCAGGCCCCGUCACCACAAACACAUCCACAAGCGGCACAAUCGAAGCUGCAACAACUAUCACAAGUGACACAACAAAAGCCGCAAACACCAAUACAACAAGUGAUACAACAAGCACAACAAAAACCGCAAACACCAAUACAACAAGUGAUGCAACAAGCACAACAAAAACCACAAACACCGGUACAGCAAGUAACACAAUUACAAAAACAAAGUCAACCACUUCAGCCACAGAAAAAACAACAACAGCAACAAACACUACAGUCUAAACCUCCACUGCCGCAACUACAGCAGCCCCAACAGGCUACGCAACAAACUCAGAAUAAAGAGCAGCAAUUGCAGCAAAAACAUCAAUUGCAACAAAAACAACAACUGCAACAAAAACAAACGCUACAGCCAUCGCAGCCGCAGCAACAGAAACAACAACAACAACAACAAAUUCAACAACAGCAAAAAGUGCAGCAACAAACGCAAGCUCUACAAAAGAAUCCUCAACAAACACAAGCUCAACUACAAAGACCUCACAAUCAAUUACCAAGUCAAAACAAGCCGCCAGUGGCAAACCAAAAACAACAACAAAAGCAACAUCAAACGCCGCUCCAGCAAAAACAUCAACAGCAAGUUCAACAACAUCAAAAACAACAGCUACAGCAGCUACAAUCCCAGCAAAAACAACAACAGCUGCAAUCACAGCAAAAACAACAGGAAAGUCAACAAAGCCAACAGCAAACUCAGCAACAGACUCAACAACAAAACCAACCGCUACCACAGAAGCCGCAGCCGCUGAAACUUCAGCCUUCGGUACCGCAGAAACCGCAGCAAAGACUACAACAAGAGUUUCUCUUACAGCAACAAAGACAAAAACAACAGCAGUUAGUGGAACAACAGUUGAAGCAACAGCAAGUGGUACAAGAACAACAAAAACAACAACAGUUAUUACUGGAACAGCAACAACGGCAGAAUAUCAAAGAGCAACUGUUGCAACAAGAACAACAACAAAUACACCAGCAACAACAGAAAUAUUGGCAACUGUUACAACAAAAACAACAACAAAUUGAACAACAACAGGCGCAACUACAACAAGAACAACAAAGAUAUCGGCAGUUGUUACAGCAACAGCAAAAUCAACAGAAGCAACAAGAACUACAACAGCAGCCAACACAGGAAAAAGUUACAAUGUCCGCAUAUUUACCGCCAGUGGCUCCACGUCCACCCAGAUCUCAGCCAACCAGCCGACCUAUUUCUAUGAAUCGUUCGCCUGAUAUGUUUAUACCAAAUAGUAAUAAUCGACUAGGACAUUCAGUUCCAUUGGCCCCAAUUCCGAUCAGAAAUAUUCAAGCAUCGGCUAUUACUAGACAUCGUUCGCCGAUUCGAAAUACAAGUGCGUCAUUAGCUAGUAGUCCUCUAUCAGCAGCACCUAAUUUGUACAAACAUCAGGCUCAUCGUUUCACUCCAAAUAGUUUUCUACCAAUUAACUUUGACUUGACUAAUGGCAGAUCACCAACAUCAAUCAACAGCAACAACAAUAAUUCUCUUCAUAUACCGGAGAAUCUCAUCCCGAGACCGCACACUGCGCCAUCGUUCACGGAAAUGUUUCGACCUGCAUCGGCAUUGGACAUACCUGAGUUAAGUGAAGUCAAUCUUCGUAACAUGCUCAACCAAAUCCCUAGUCUAAAUGGUUGUCAAUUUAGUAUUGAGUAUGCAGAACCAACAGACAUUCCAAUACCAUCGAAAUCGCCCGAUGCCGAGAAUAAAUAUCCCGAACCUGUCAUUGUUGAUCAACUACCCAAUGAUAUUAUUCAACAUGUCAGAAGCAGUGACAAUCUCGCAUUGAAAGCUGCCUUAGAUCUCAGUAUGCAAAUAGACGAAAAUCUACAAUUUGCCGGUCAAUCACAAGUCAACACAUCCAUGUUGAGUAAACAGUCAUCAACAGUCAUACGUCGGACAACACAAAUCAAUCAACAUGUUCAUCAAUCUCCUCGAUCGCCAUCGCGAGACUCGAGUAGUACUCUGGACACAUCUUCGUCCGAAAAAGAAAAUGAAAUCGAAGAAAUCGAAAUUGUUCCAAUAGACAUGCAGUAA